GCAUCGUAGGAAUUCACAUAAACCCAGUCAUGUAAUAACUCUCCCCCUACAAGCAUCCACCUUCCUCAAUUUCAUUGGCAGCAGAACCUUCUACAAGUCCCUCGCCGCCCCUUCAGGAGAAGAGAAUCCCCUUCACUCUUCUCCCUCGCUCCAGUAUAAAAGAGAGGCGAAGGAUAAGUCGAUAAAAAAAAAAGAAGAGAAGAUUAAAAUAGCAGCUGGGAGAUGGGAGAGUGAGAACUACUCUGCAGCAGGGGAAGCCUAGUCCUCCUACAUCUCCAUGGAUCCCCUUCUCGAGAAGUCGAGGAGCGACAAGAAGAGGAGGUUCAGCGAAGAGCAGAUAAAGUCCCUCGAAUCCAUCUUCGAGUCUCAAGCGAAGCUAGAGCCCCGGAAGAAGCUGCAGCUGGCCAAGGAGCUCGGCCUCCAGCCUCGCCAGGUUGCGAUAUGGUUUCAGAACAAGCGAGCCCGGUGGAAGUCGAAGCAGCUCGAGAGAGAGUACGCCGCCCUCAGAGCUGACCACGACAGCUUGCUCUCCAGCGUGGAGUCCCUCAAGAAAGAGAAGCAAAUUCUCAUCAAACAGCUGCAGAAGCUGACUGAAUUGCUGAAGAAGCCAACAGAAGAGAGCAGCAACGACGACGAUUCCGACGGCGGCAAUCGCAAUCAGAGAGAGGAUGCAAGGCCCUGCUUUUUGGUGUGUUCAGCUGGUGAAGAAAAGAAGCCGAGCUUUUUCGAUCAGGAAGAAGCAGACCGCUUAUACAUGGGCGAACCUGAGGGUGACUACCUGACUUCCCUCGGGAAACCGUCCGAUUUCAACUGCAGCAGUUCUCCAGAGCAGUGCUGCGCCACCGCUUCUGAGUGGUGGGAGUUUUGGCCGUUGACAGAAUAGAGCCCCGUCGCCGCGGAACAUGUAAACCAUAGAGCAAAUAGAGUCAAGCUGCUGCUUGGAGUCGGAUUAGAAUUCCAAAUGCUCUUGUAAAAUACCUUUCAUAUCGGUGCAUAAAAUUUCUGAUGCUAUGUGAUCAUCCCAGUGUAAUCAGAGUAAAUAAACUUGCAAGUUAGAAU